GCAGAGGCCAUGCCGCUGAAACAUUACCUUCUUCUGCUGGUGGGCUGCCAAGCCUGGAGCGCGGGGCUGGCCUACUAUGGCUGUCCCAGUGAGUGCACCUGCUCCAGGGCCUCCCAGGUGGAGUGCUCGGGGGCACGCAUCGUGGCAGUGCCCACCCCCUUGCCCUGGAAUGCCAUGAGCCUGCAGAUCCUCAACACGCACAUCACCGAACUCAAUGAGUCCCCGUUCCUCAACAUCUCAGCCCUCAUCGCGCUGAGGAUCGAGAAGAAUGAGCUGUCCCACAUCAUGCCUGGUGCCUUCCGUAACCUAGGCUCCCUGCGUUACCUCAGCCUUGCCAACAACAAGCUUCAGGUUCUGCCUAUUGGCCUCUUCCACGGCCUGAACAACCUUGAGUCGCUCCUUCUGUCCAGCAACCAGCUGGUGCAGAUCCAGCCGGCACACUUCUCCCAGUUCAGCAACCUCAAAGAGCUACAGCUGCAUGGCAAUCACCUGGAAUAUAUCCCCGAUGGCGUCUUUGACCACCUGGUGGGCCUCACAAAGCUCAAUCUAGGCAAGAAUAGCCUCACCCACCUCUCGCCCAGGAUUUUCCAGCGCCUGGGCAAUCUCCAGGUCCUCCGGCUGUAUGAGAACAGGCUCUCUGAAAUCCCCAUGGGCACGUUCGAUGGGUGUGGAAACCUCCAGGAGCUGGCCCUUCAGCAGAACCAGAUUGGUAUGCUCUCCCCUGGCCUCUUCCACAACAACCGUAACCUCCAGAAGCUCUAUCUGUCCAACAACCACAUCUCCCAGUUGCCGCCUGGCAUCUUCAUGCAGCUGCCCCAGCUCAACCGUCUCACCCUUUUUGGGAAUUCCCUGAAGGAGCUCUCUCCGGGGAUCUUUGGGCCGAUGCACAACCUGCGUGAGCUUUGGCUCUACGACAACCACAUCACUUCUGUCCCGGACAACGUCUUCAGCAACCUCCGCCAGCUGCAGGUGCUGAUCCUCAGCCGUAACCAGAUCAACUACAUCUCCCCAGAUGCCUUCAACGGGCUGGCGGAGCUUCGGGAGCUGUCCCUCCACACCAACGCACUGCAAGAGCUGGACGGGAGCGUCUUCCGCAUGCUGGUCAACCUGCAGAACAUCUCCUUGCAGAACAACCGCCUCAGACAGCUCCCUGGGAAUAUCUUCGCCCACGUCAAUGGCCUCAUGACCAUCCAGCUGCAGAACAACCAGCUGGAGAACCUGCCCAUGGGCAUCUUUGAUCACCUGGGGAACCUGUGUGAGCUGCGGCUUUAUGACAACCCCUGGAGGUGUGACUCAGACAUCCUUCCGCUCCACAAUUGGCUCCUGCUCAACAAGCCCAGGUUGGGGACGGAUACUCUCCCGGUGUGUUUCAGCCCACCCAGCGUCCGAGGUCAGUCCCUCAUCAUCAUCAACGUCAAUGCGGUUGUCCCCAGUGUCCAGGUCCCAGUGAUCCCUGAGGUGCCCAGCUACCCGGAGACACCACAGUACCCAGACACACCCAGCUACCCUGAUACCACCUCCAUCUCCACCACUGACUUCACCAGCCCCAUGGAGGACUACACCGAUCUGACCACCAUCGAGGUCACCGAAGACCGCGGCACAUGGGGCAUGACCCAGGCCCAGAGUGGGCUGGCCAUCGCUGCCAUUGUCAUCGGCAUCAUUGCCCUGGUCUGUUCUCUGGUUGCCUGCAUCUGCUGUUGCUGUUGCAAGAAGAGGGACCACACAGUCCUGAUGCAGAUGAAGGCACCCAACGAGUGCUAA